AUGGGUUCUGGAAUUUCUUGCAAGCUUGCACUCUACCAUGUCCAACCACAAGCUCUCACUCCAAUCAAGAACCACCAAAGCUCAACCUAUCAACAACCUAACUUCCCUAUGUUAGCCAUUGCAGUACUCUGCAUCAUGGCCGCGGCUUUUUUACUAGUAAGCUACUACAUCUUCCUCACCAAAUGCUGCUUCAACUGGCAACAACUCGACCCCCUCCCACGCUUCUCUCUCUCCCGACCACAACGACACGAAGACCCAUUAACAGCUUACUCUCCCUCCCUGCAGAGCCACGGACUCGACGAAUUGUUGAUUCGUGAAAUCCCAACUUUCCAAUACAAAAGUGGUGAAGAGAGAAGUAUAUAUGAGUGUGUGGUUUGCUUGAAUGAGUUUCAAGAACAAGAUAUGCUGAGAGUGUUGCCUAACUGUGGUCAUGGGUUUCACUUGGAUUGCAUUGACAUAUGGCUACAGACCAAUGCCAAUUGCCCUCUCUGCAGAUCAAGCAUUUCGGGCACCACAAGGUAUCCGAUUGAACGGGUUGUUGCGCCAACCUCUUCACCUCAGGAUCCACUGCCAUUUGUGGAUACCCAUUUGGGUGGUAAUGAAGAUUUUGUGGUUAUUGAAUUGUCUGGAGCUGAUAGAACAGAAAUAAAUGACUUGAGGCAACAGAGGAGUCGACAUUCGCCAAGAAAGUUUGAGAAGAAGAUUGGGAAGGCGAAGCCAAGAAAGUUUCAACAUGUUUCAAUCAUGGGUGAUGAGUGCAUUGAUGUAAGAAGAGAGGAAGAGGAUGAGUUCUCUGUCCAACCCAUCAGGAGAUCUUUCUCAAUGGAUUCGGCGAGUGAUCCAAACGUUUACUUGGCAGUUCAAGAGAUUAUACGACAGAAUCAGUGUUGCAAUGAGGUUAGACAGAGUGAAGAGUCUAGCAGCAGAGUCCGAAGACAGUUCUUUCCCUUCGGACAUGGACGGGGAUCUAGAAGUGCAGUUCUUCCUAUUGAGUUUCAGCAGUAAAUCACAAAAUUCAUUCUCAUUUGUUAAAUUUCUUUCUGUAUUGAUCAUCUUUGAUUUUGUGAUUCUGAUAGUGAAACUCUUACAAGUGAAUUGAUUUUAGUUUUUCAUGAAAAAGAUUAGAUGAGUGUUGAUAGAUUUUGGGAUGAUAUUUACACAUAGAAGAGUUUUGUCUAUUGCUGAAAUGUGAUAAUUGCCUAAACCAUGAAAUGUGAU